CGCCAUUUUGAUUUCGAAACCUGACUAUUUUUUCUUUUUUUUUCAUUUGGUCCUUGACUCCUGAAUAAUAAUUUACACCGUGUCAACACAGCUCCCCAGCAGGACUAGCCACUGAGUUACACGGCUGUGUAAAUGACAUUGCAACCGGGAAAGGGUAGUAUCGUUAAGCUAACAGCGCAGCCCCGCAUAGACUGCAAUGGGCCUCCGGGUGACCUGACAGCCAAAGUCGCCGAGUUGCCGUUCAGCAUGCAAAUGUAGACAGAUAAAGUAAUGGCUCAAAGGUCACGCAGGCAAAUGGCUCUUUAGCAAGAUCCAACUAAGUAUACGUCUCCUUGUCCAAAUAGUGUAUGUUACGGUGACGUCAGCCAUGUUUUGGAAGUUUGAUUUACACACAUCUUCUCAUCUGGAGGCUUUACUGGACAAGGAGGAUGUCACCCUCACUGAGCUCAUGGAUGAGGAGGAUGUGCUGCAGGAGUGCAAGGCCCAAAACAGGAGGCUUCUCAUGUUCUUGUGCCAGGACCAGAGCAUGCAGGAGCUGGUUCGAUUGAUAACCACAGAGCCUCCUACUGGCGUAGAGGAGACAAAGCGCUUCAAGUAUCCAAAUAUAGCAUGUGAGCUGCUGACAAGUGAUGUGGGAGUGAUCAAUGAUAAGCUGGGUAAUGAGGAGCCACUGCUGGAUAGUUUGUAUGCCUUCCUGGAGCAGCCAUCCCCACUUAACCCCCUCCUGGCAUCUUUCUUUAGCAAAACAAUUGGGAACCUCAUCACACGGAAGACUGAACAGGUGAUUAGUUUCCUGCAAAAGAAGGAUGGAUUCCUUUCCUUGGUCCUGAAGCAUAUUGACACAUCUGCCAUGAUGGAUGUGCUUCUACGCCUUAUCAGCUGUGUGGAGCCACCACCGCUACGACUUGAAACUCUAACUUGGCUCAAUGAACAGAAACUGGCCCAGAGGCUCAUAGAGCUCAUUCACCCUGAGAGAGAUGAUGAGAGGCAGUCCAAUGCAUCGCAGACUUUGUGCGACAUCAUUCGUCUGAGCAGAGACCAGGCCAGUCAGCUCCAAGAGAUUUCACAGCCUGACCCACUGCUGGCUGUGCUUGAAUCACAGGAGUGUGUGGAGCAGCUAUUGCAGAAUAUGUUCUCAGGAGAGAGAACUGAGAGCUGUAUUGUCAACGGGAUUCAGGUUCUUCUGACUUUACUGGAAAUCAGGAGGCCUGUGGUGGAUGGUGUAAUGGAUGCUCAGGGAUUUGAGAGAAGCUACACUGUUAACAGCAGUAUUUUGUUGGCCAUCCAGCCACACCUGAUACACUUCCACCAGCUACUUCUGGAGCCGCCCAAGCGAGAGCCUAUGCUGACCACUUUGGGUGUGCUAGAGGAACCACUGGGGAAUACACGUUUGCACGUAGCAAGACUAGUGGCCUCUCUACUUUACACCAGCUCUGCUAGCCACGCAGUCGUAGCACAAGAACUCUGCAGACUCAAUACACUGAACCUCCUUCUGGACUUGUUCUUCAAGUACACCUGGAAUAACUUUCUGCAUCUCCAAGUGGAGCUUUGCGUUGCUGCUAUUGUCCGGCCCUGUGCCCAUGAAAUGAGACUUCAGCCUGGCUUGGGUACCCAGGAAAAAUUCAAGCCUAAUCAAGAUACAUCACAAGAGCAGGAUUUGACUGAGACCCCGACUUCUGAACCAUCAGACACAUCUGAAAACUCUGCACAUAACUUAAUGGUGACUCAUUUGUUUCAGCACUGCCACCUUGUCCAGAGGAUUCUGGAGGCUUGGGAAGAAAAUGAUAAAAUUCAGUCAGAUGGUGGUAUGAGACGAGGUUACAUGGGGCAUCUGACCAGGAUUGCCAACACAGUGGUUCACAAUCUGGAGAAAGGCCCGGUUCACACCCAGAUCAGUAGCCUCAUCGCCGAGCUGCCAGAAGACUACAGAGGGCGGUGGGAAACCUUUGUGGACCAAACACUAUCUGAGACUAACAGGAAGAACACCAUAGACUUGGUUGGCACUGGAAACCCUCGUCCUUCCUCAGAGGAUGAUAUGGAGAGUCCCUUCCCCAAAGAACUGACAGUACAGCAGGCCUUUUCAGACUACCAGAUCCAGCAGAUGACAGCUAACUUUGUGGAUCAGUUUGGCUUCAAUGAUGAGGAGUUCACUGAUCAUGAUGACAGCAUUGGGGCAACCUUUGAUCGGAUAGCAGAGAUUAAUAUCAAUAUUGAUGCUGGCCAUGACAGUGCUAACACAGCUGUGUUUGAGGCUUGUUCCAAAGAGAGGAUUCAGCCCUUUGAUGAUGAGGAGGAGGACAUCUGGGAGGAGAAGGAGAUUAACUAUGCAACACAAGUCAAGUCCCGUAACAGGUUUGGUGGGUCACAGUCCUCCCAAAGCCAAGCAUCCAGUAAGAGCUGUGACAUGACAGCAGCUUCUGAGAGCUCCAGCAGAACAGCAGACUCAGACUCUGAUGACGGUGAAGACCCUAAAGAUGAGCUGGACCCUUUUGCAAGUCAGGACCAGACUGAGGCAACUACGAGUGCAGGCUGGGUAGCAGAUUUUGGAGAGGUAAAUUCAAAGGCUCCUGCAGCAGGCGCGGGCUUCUCAACUUGGGACGCUCCAGUUUCUCAACCAGCUGCAACAGAGGCUGAGGAGAAGGGAUGGGCCAAGUUCACUGACUUCCAGCCUUUCUGUUGCAGCUCUGAAACAGGCCCAAGAUGCAGCUCUCCUGUGGACUCAGAGCUCAGUGGAUCAGACAUCCCCAAACCAAACCAAAACCCGUGUGUAUGGAGUGUUUGCGUGGCAAGAAAAGCACCACUAGUGGCAUCAGACAGCUCCUCCUCCAGCAGUUCUGAUAGCGAUGAGGAAGAAGGCAAGACACAGUCUACAUCCAGUGAGACGGUCACCACAGAGACCAUCACCACAGGUGCUGGCAAGGAGACCAUCCGGCUCACCGUUGACGCCAAAAAUGAGAGGGCAGUCUUCACCAGUGAUAUGCCAGCAGAAGGGCUCACUUAUGAGAAAGAAAGUGACAAAGGUGAAAAAGGAAAGAAACAUGGAAACAGUUCCAGCCCAGUUACCACUGAUUCAGCUAAUCCGUCAGCUGCUGUCACACAAGAGAUGCAGUCCUCCGCUAAUGGACCGGCCUAACGGAAGUGGUACAGGAACACACUUCGUACCUGAUCAUUCAACACACAGCCACGCCACCUUUGCUUCCUGUUAGCAGUCCUUUAAUGCCCUUGUUUUUGUCUGAAAGACAUGUAAGUGAAUGGAAGAUCCUUAGUGCAGAGCUCAAACCGUAUUUAUAAUGGAUACCAGAAAUCUCCACAUGGGUACUAUUUUUUUUUUUUUUUUUUUUUCUGGGUACUAUUGAUGUCUGUAAUGCGCCUUCAUCAUUGCAAAUGAACCACUUCAAAAAGAAAUGUGUGUUUUAUAAAACAUUUCAUUGUGCCAGGCACCCCAAAGCCAAACUGUGCUACAUACGAACUUUUUCAGGAUGAAUUUUCUUCCCAUUAAACUUGGAAAUGUAAACCCCUUUAUCAGUUUGGAUGUGCAGAGAUUCCAGCUGCACUUUAAUGUUAAGAAAACACCCACGUCUGAAAUUUGACAUUUUAUUAAAUUGAACAUCAGGAUUUCAGAAUAUUUGAGUCUGUCUGCUGUCUGGGUAUGAAUACAGCCCAGUGGAUUUUUCUAGGAGAGCAAGAAAUCUUCAUAUACUCAGCAAAGAUUACAAACGCCAAGAUGCUUGCAAAGCUAGCUAGCCGCCAUUUUGUCUUUAGCACUUCAGUCUUUGUGCCAGGCAGACGUCAUUAUUGCAAAUAUGUGACUUUAUCUGAUCAUUUCUCAGUUAAGUAAGUUUUUAUCUACUUGGAUCACAUGACACUUAAAUGCUCUCUAUUUGUUAGUUUGGAGCAACUGAUUUGGGAGACUCGUGUAUCACUUCCUCCUGACAGAUUCAAGUAGUUUAGAGGUGUGUGUAUGUGUGUGCUGUUGUGUCCAUGUGUAUAGACGUGUGUGCCGGCGUGUGUGUUUGAGCUCUGUCUGAGGUACAGAGUGCAUUCUCAGGUCAAAGGAGAGGUAUGUUGAUGCAAAGAAAGCACACCUGUGUAACACACAUGCAGACACACAGUGCCAUACACACAUGUGCACACAACCAUAUCUACAUGCAAAAAAAAAAAAAAAAAGACAGCGCACAUACAAGGUCAUACCACCCUCAGAGCUGUUUAAAUGUAAUAUUGUGAAAUUUGAACCUGUAUUAGGUUGUGGCUAUUCUUGGUAAUCUGUAAACGUAAAAUAAAUGUAAACAGUAUAUAUAUAAACAUCAUAUCUA